AUGUACCUGUCUAACUGGAUAAGAGGGUUCGAUGAGGUUGAGCAGUACGUCACCGGGCCCACUACCAACGGCCCCUCCAAAAGUUCACUACGCGUCUACCUUACAUCAUGUACCCAUGUAAGCGACGGGCAGCUGCCUGAAAGAUACAAUGAAUGUGUUUCGGCUGCUGCGGCCAUGGUGGCCCCGCUGUAUCUGAGCUCUUCUCAGCUACCUAUAAACAGCCGCAGCGCACCCAAGUAUCCCUUAGAUAAGCGCAAAAAGUAA